AUGUUGGACGAGAGCAAUGUUCAUGCAAAAGCAUGUAGAAUGGCAAGGGAUGUUUUGAAGGAGAGUACCUUUGAUGAUUUAAAGUUGAAGCUUAUUUCAAGUAGGUCGGGUGACGGUCGUGUGUAUAACACGCCCACAAUUUCAAAAGUGGCUGCUCUAAUUGUCAGUGAUAUAGACUCUACUAAACUGAGGGACAUCAUAAUCCAUGAGCGUGAUGGUGGAUUACAGAGGAUCGAGGAGUUUCACCCGACUUAUCUUGGUUACCAAUACCCAUUGAUUUUUACGUAUGGGGAAGAUGGUUACAGAGAGAAUAUACUUCACAGGUACAAACAUGAACAAACAGUCACUAAGCAGAACCAUCAAACCACUAAGGAUUGGUUAUGCUUCCGACUACAAGAACACAUUGUUGAACCUACAAAUUUACUUCAUGCAAGGCGUCUCUUCCAGCAAUUUUCUGUUGACAACUACAGUAUGAUAGAGACCGAGUGUCUUAAUUGGUUGCGGAGAAAACAAUCUAAAUUGAGAGUUGGAAAGUAUAGCAACUUACAACAACAAGAUGGUGUCGGUACUUCGCAACAAGGUAACAAGCAAGGAAAGCAUGUCAUUUGCCUUCUACAUUUGUCGGGAGAAAAAGGUACAUGA